AUGCAGUCUCGUUGCGUGAGCGGGGGGCCUACGGUGUUUCCCAGCCUCGCCUGGGCUGAGAAGCAAAGUCACAAUGCGUUGAAUCCCAAGAUCCGCACCUUCACUCCUUCCUGGUUGCUCUCUGCCACGUCUCGUCUUCCGGACCUGUCUGUCCUCACCACCACUGCCUCCGGUCCAUGGAGCUUUUUCGAUGGUUGA